AUGAAGUAUGCGGAGAUCAUCAUAGGGCCUCCUGGAAGCGGGAAGUCUACCUAUGUCAUGAAUAAAAAGACAUGGCUCUCCCAUAGAAGUCCAUACACAAUAAAUCUUGAUCCGGGGAAUUCCAACUCCAAGGAGUUUGACUAUUCGAUAUGCUCCAUCUCGUCGUCUUCGGUAUAUCAAGAAAAACAUGAUGUUGGGCCUAACAUGUCCACAAAAUGCAUUUUAGAGGAAUUUGUUACUCGUAUCGAUGAGUUCUUCCGGGAGAACAUUGAAGAUACAGACCACUACGUCCUAAUAGAUUUUCCAGGACAGGUGGAAUUUUUUAUAUCCAGCGAUAUUCCCAACAGAAUCAUCAGAUAUCUUAAAAGAAAUGGAUAUUCGGUUGUGGUUUUGAAUCUUAUCGACCUGGUAUUCUUCUCGAACAGUCACUCGCUGGUUUCAUCGUAUCUAAUCUCGACAUUGUGCCUCUGUCUUCUUGAGUCGGCCCAGAUCAACAUCAUCAGCAAAUGCGACAAUUGGAAAAGUCUUGAGAUGGAGUAUCCGUUGGAAGAGAUUGCAUCGUUGGAAUGUCUAGAGGAGAUUCCGAGGAAGAAAAAGUUGUAUAGUGAGAUGAUCUCUUUUGUCCUCAACCAAGGACUGCUACUGUAUGAAAUCCUGGACUAUGACAAUCCAGACUCUGUUCUAAAUCUUCAGGUUGGCAUAGACAGAGCAAGCGGGUUGUUUUUUGAAGACAACUACUUUGACACCGAGAAAAUAACAAGGAUUCCUUCCAGAGAUGAGGUUUUCUCAAAAUACAAAUCCUAA